CCGUCGUUGGACUUUCUUUUGGCUUUCAGUCGCUCAAUUUUGCACCGGAACCUGUGCUUCCUUCUUUGCUCAGAAUAUUGCCGCAUGGAGCUGCGGCUGCGGCUGCGGCAGGCCCCGGACACGACUUGAGCUCGCACCAGCAGCACCUCAGUCAAGCGUGGACCGGCGUCAUCAUGCCCGACGACGCCGACUGCGCCAACCCCCAGCUCCUCGCCUGGGUCAAGGAAUGGUUCGACGUCGCCCGCGAGCGCAACUCCAAGGGCGCCACCGUCUACAGGAACGCCUACGAAUCUCUCAAGGCCUGCCCCCUCGUCUUCCAGCACCCCGCCGAGCUCCAGCAGCUCAAGGGCUUCGGCCCAAAACUCUGCGAGCGGCUCACGGCCCAGCUGCAAAAGCACUGCCAGCAGCAUGGCCAGCCCAUGCCCGAGCACCCCCAAGUGAGGAAGGCUGCCGAGAGGGCGCAGCAAGGCGACGAUGACGGUGCCGCCGGCAAGAGGAAGAAGACGGCCAGGAAGCCCAAGCCCUACGUCCCGGCCUUUCGCUCCGGAGCCUACGCCCUCGUGCUCGGACUGUCCACCCAGCCCGAGGACUCAACUACGGGCAUGACAAAGACGGAGAUCAUCGAGGUGUCCCAGCCACACUGCGACGCUUCCUUUACCGCGCCGCCCGACCCCACAAAGUUUUACACGGCGUGGAACUCGAUGAAGACAUUGGUCCAAAAGGAGCUCGUCUAUGAGAGGGGCAGGCCAUUGCGGCGUUAUGCGUUGACUGACGACGGCUGGGACGUGGCGAAGCGCAUCAAGGACACACGCGAGUGGCAGUCCGAGAACAAAGGUGAAGCCGACGCGGCGCAACAGACAUCGAGGCAGGUUCCCGAUUCUCCGCAGCCCGGGCCAGCGCCUCGUCUCGAGUCCCCGCCUCCGCAACCAGAGGUAUUACAGACGCAGCCCUCACCCUACCAAAAUGUCGUCGCCGAAGGACCCCUCAUCCCUGGAGACGGAGCGCUCCCCGACUUUGCUCCGAUCCGCCUCAAUCCGGGUUCGUUUACCGUUCAUCUUGUCCUUGAUGUUCGCGAGGUCCGGGCCAAGACGGAUCGUGACUACAUGCAGGAGGAGCUGGCCAAGCAAGGCGUCAAGCCCAUCAUGAGGAGUCUGGAGGUUGGCGACGCUCAGUGGAUUGCCAAGCUUCACGAUCCGGACCUGCUGGCCAGGCACGGCGCGGAGGGAGACGAGAUCGUCCUAGACUGGAUCGUCGAGAGAAAACGUCUUGAUGACCUGAUUGGCAGCAUCAAGGAUGGCCGUUUUCACGAGCAAAAGUUCCGGCUUAGGCGGUCCGGGGUGAAAAAGGUCAUCUACAUCAUUGAGGACAUCUCAAUAGAUGCCGCCACGUUGCAGAGGUAUGAAGAGUCGGUCCAGUCGGCCAUUGCAUCCACGCAAGUGGUCAGUGGCUAUUUUGUCAAGCGGACGGCAAAGAUGGACGACACCAUCAAGUACCUGGCUAGGUUGACGGCGAUGCUCAAGAGGGACUACGAGAGGAAGACGCUCAGCGUCAUCCCUACCCACGUUUUGACGGCGCAAAACUACCUGCCCCUGCUGGGGAGGCUUCGGGAAAGGGAUCCAUCGGUCGGCUACUACAUCAGCUAUCCCGCGUUCGCGUCGCUGGCGUCCAAGUCGGAAAUGAUGACGCUGCGGGACGUGUUCCUCAAGAUGCUCAUGACGACGCGCGGCGUGACGGGCGAGCGGGCGCUCGAGAUACAGAAGCGAUGGAAGACGCCUUAUGAGUUUGUCAAGGCGUUUGAGGCCUGCGGGACGGGCGAGCUGGGCAGGAAGAGGAAGCGGGAGCUCGUGUCGACGGAGCUCGACCAUUUGGUCGGCCGCACCAAGAUUAGCAAGCCGCUGGGGCAAAAGAUUGCCGAGGUCUGGGGGGACGCUUGAACGGCGCAAGCGGCGAACAGCUUCAUGGCGGGAAGUGAGGCUGUAUGGCUGCCGAGGUCCGGGGGGUUUUGCUCGGAUGUUACAGCUGCUCAACG